CCCCUUCCCCCCCCUCCCCCCCGGACCCGAGAAAGAAAGAGAGGCUAUGUGCGCCUCCCUGGCCAUCUUCCACGAUGACGACGAGGACAUCACCGAGAAUGCCUUCCUCCAAAGUGUCCAGGCCCGGUCGGACAUCAUGGCCAUCAUCUCCAUGACCGCCCAGCAGAAUGCCCUCGCCCAGGUCCCGCCGGCCGAGGGGCUCGGCGCCUCGUGCUCCGGGUCGCCGGCCGUCCUGGCCACGGCCGCCCUGGACCCCGGGUCCUGCAGCCCCGGGUCGCCGGCUGCGGCGGCCGCAGCGGCCGGCGACACCCCCAUGCGCCUCGAGGGGACCUUCUUCAUUGCCGUGCCCUCGACCGCCUCGCUGAAUGCCGCGGGCUUGGUUGGUCCCUUUGCCGACUCGUUCCUCGCGUCGCACCUCAUGCGCGCCAUCAGCCAGCCGGGCGCCCCCGCCGGCACGCCCCAGCGCUACCGGACCCUCAACGGCCGGGUCGUCUCCCUGUCCGAGGAUGGCAGCCACUUCGAGCUGUCCCCGGAGCACGGCUUUUCCAGCGACCGCCGCGUGCGCAUCCUCUUCGACGAGUCCUUCUACGGGUCGCUCGACAUCGAUCCCGACAUGCUGGCCCUCCUGCCGGCCGGAGUGGACCCGGAGAAUGCCCUCCUCUACCAGGCGGUCUGCGUGGCGGAUGUCUUUGACACCUGCCAGUCGAGCCUGCUCCUGGGGGACCAGCGCCCCGGGGCCGAGCCCUUCCCGCUGAACCCCCCCGAGGCGGUGGACUUCCUCCGGCUGCCAGGCCACCCGGGGUCGAUGGCCGACGGCCACGGGCAGCCGGGGCUCGGGGUCGACCCGCCGGCCCUCGACGGCCCGGAUCUCAGUCGCACGCCGAGCUUCACGCACAUCUCCCCCGGCCCGCGGCUCACCGAGUCGUCCUUCGACUUCCCGGCGUCCUCCAGCUCGUCGUCCUCGUCGCCGGCGCUGGUCACCGGCCCCGGGCCCGGGGGGGGCGCCGGCGGCGGGCCGGGUGCCGGGCCGGCCGGCGCCCUGCCGGAGCCCCCGACGACCCGGGACCCGGCCGGGCCCAGCCCGCUGGCCCUGUCCAUGCUGCCGGCCACCGGGGGCAAUGUGGCCGAGGGCCUCGCGGCCGCGCGCACCAUGGCCAGGGGGGCGCCGGCCGCCGGGGAUGCCUGGAUCGAGGUGGGGGCCCCGCCGCCCGGGCCGGACAUCGGCCGGCUGUCCCUCCGCCGGUCGGACUCGCUGUCGGUCCGGCCCCGGGCCACGGGCCGGCUGUCGGUCACCUCCGGGCCGGCCCCGGGGUUCGGCAUCCGCCGGUCAUCCUCCGUGUCGGGGCGGCUGUACACGGCCCCGGGGCCGGGGGAUCCGGCCGACGCGCCGGAGAGCGAGCUCCCGGCCGUGGCCGGCUUCCCCUUCGGCAGCCGGCUGGUGUACAUCCCCCCGCGCAAGUCCUACCCGGAUUGCCGGCAAUUCCUCAUGGGCACCUCCGACAACACCGAGGCCCUGGAACUCAUCAGCGCCCUUCUCAUUGAGUUCCACCACCUUUUCGAGAAUGUGAUUGCCUCGAUCACCGGCGGCCGGUCCGACUCGGACUUGGUUUUCCACUUUCUCUCCUCGAUGUCCAGCUCGGAGGACGGCCCGGCCGCCGGGAUGGGGGCCAAUGCCGGGGCCGGUGGCCGGCGUGGCUCCGGCCAGGCCGACGGCCCCGGGUCCCCCGGGGGACCCGGGGCCUCUCUCGGCGGGGCCCCGGUCGCCGGGUCCAGCCGCACGGCCCACGGGUCGCCGGCUUCUUCCGGGCACGCCCGGUCCGGCAGUUCCUCCAGCCGGCUGUCCUCCUUCCUGAGCCGGUUUUCCUCGCCCACCGGCAGCAUGUCCCCCACGCCGGCCGGCAGCCCGGUGGUCGGGGCCGGGGCCGGGGCCGGGGCCGGGGCCGGCCGGCCACCGCGGGCCAUGUCCAGCCCCGGGUCCGGCCGGCCCAGCCUGCGCGUGGCCACGACCCCCUCUCCCGGGCCGGGGCGCAGCUCCAGCGCCGAUGCCACCUCACCGGUGGCCGCCGUCACUGCCGCCGCCGCCGCCGCCGCCGCCGCCGCCGCCCCCCCCCUGUCGCCGGCGGUCGGGGUCAUUCGGUCCCCCUUCGGCGGCGGGGGGCACUUCCAGCCGGCGGCCGAGCCGCAGCGCCCCGGGCCCGGGCACCAGCGCUCCGGCUCGGCGCACCGGAUCCCCGGCACCCCGGUGAGCAUUGCCUCGCGGCCGGUGCUGGCCCCGGCCCUCGGGACCGAGGCCCUGCACUCGACCAGCCCGCCGGUGGUGGUGGACCUCCUGGAGCAGGACCCGGUGCCGGUGUGGCAGCCGCACGGGCCCCCGAUGCCGAAGCCGCCGGCGGCCAUCGACGACUUCGACCUCAUCCCGCAGGAGCUCUGCGGCCAGCUGGCCCAGAGCGUCCACGCGGCCAUGGUCUAUCUCGAGUGCACGAAUCCCCUCUUCGCCGAGAUGGCCUCCUUCCUGCCGGGGGCGCUGCUCCGGCCGGGGGGGCCGGGCGGGGCCCGGCCGGCCGCCGCCGAGGCCGCCGCGCUGAAUGCCCCCGGGGCUUUGGCCGCCGGCGGCGGCCGGCUGGCGCCCCUGCUGACCGGCGACCUGGCCCUCGAUGACCCGGUCCCGGUGGCCUUCGUCGCGCGGCAGAUGGUCCGCAACUGGACGCGGCUGCUGCACAUGGUGGAGACCUACAUCCUCGGGCAGACGCACACGCUGGUCUUCCUGUCGCUGACCAUUCGCCUGGACUCGCAGGAGGCCUACCUGGUCCGGUGCUUCCAGCGGCUGCAGGCCCUGCCAUUGGCCUUCUUCCUCCGGCCGGAUCUGGGUCCCGGGUCGGCGGCCGCGCAGGCGGCCGGCCCCCCGGCCGAGGUGUCCGCCUGUCGGCCCAUGUCCCGCGAGGAGCGCCUCCUGCACUCGGUGGCCACCGACAUCCUGGGCAAGCUGGACAACUUCAAGUCCCCGAGCGACAAGAUGUUUGUCAUCCAGACCACCUUCGAGGCGAUCCUCAAGUGUUUCAAUGCCGUUCACCCCGGCCUGCCGAUGGGAGCCGACGACCUGGUCCCCCGAAUGGCCUACGUGCUCAUCCACAGCGGCCUGACCCACGUGUACGCGGACUUGACCUUCAUCGGCCAGCUGAAUCGCAUCGCCACACGCUUCGCCUCGGCCGUGGACCUGGUGUCCGAUGGCCAGGUCCAGGCCCGGGCGCGCGAGCUCCUCCUCGGCCACAAGGUGGCCCAGCUGUUCGGACCCGGGCCGGAGGCCUUCGCCCAGGGCCCGGCCCUCGGGCCCGGGUCCCCCAGCCCGGGCGCCCACACCGGCGGCACGGCCCGGCGCUCGGCCAGCCAGUGGUCCAUCAGCUCGAUGGCCGGGUCGGCCGGCAGCCCGGCCGCCUUCCGCCGGUCGGUGUCCAUCGAGCAGGGGGUCGGGGCGGCCGGUGGGCCUGCUGCCGGGGCUGGCGCCGGGGCCGAUGGCCUUGCGCCGGGCUCGGGCUCGGGCCCGGCCCCGCCGCCGGCCUUCGGGGCCAAUCUCCGGGACCGGGUGCACGCCCUGCGCGCCGAGGCCGCCACCCAGCUGGCCGAGGAGGACUACAUGCUGAGCACCCUGCGCGUGGUGGUGAGCCUGGUGGAGUCGCUGGCGCAGCAGCCCUGCCUGCCGGGGCUGACGCACCAGUGCCCCUGUCGGAUGGAGCAUCCGACCACACGCAUGGGCCUGCCGGCCGAUGGCGGGCCUGCCCUGGGCAGCUCCGCCCCCGGGCCGGGCUCCUCUUCACAUGCGGCCCACCGGCCGACCGAGGUGGCGGACCUCCACCUGAUCGGGCAAUUUGCCGGGUACUUUUCGUCGGACUCGCUGCCGGCCAGCGGCCCGGGGUCCGGGGAGUCGUCGCCCCCGCGGGCCGGGGCGCCGGGCCCGCACCCGCCGCCGGCCGCCGGGCCGGGCGCCUCCUCCUCGUCGCUGGGGUCCGGGUCCGGCGGGUCGCGCGGCCUGGGCGCCGGGGCCCCGGGGUCCGCCUCCUCGGCGGCCGCCGACACCGAUCUCCUCUUCCAGUCCUUCCUCGGGGCGGUGGCCCGGAAUGACCUGGCCGCCGUGGGGCGCCUGCUGCUGGACCCGCCGGCGCACCGGCUGCCGGCGGCCAAGCCCCCGGCGGGUGGCUGCUCGCCGGAGGCCCUGCCCGGUGCCGCCUCGCCGGAGGCCGUCCUGGUGGAUUCCUGGCCGACGUCCGACUUCUCGGACAUCUCCUCGGCCGAUGGGUCGCCCCUCGGCGGGGAGGGGCUCUUCACGGAGCUGCUGGAGGAGGGCGACGAGUCGGACGAGGCGGCCGGCCCGGCCGGCCCGCCGGCCGAGCGCCUGGCCGUCCCCCUGUCCCGCCAUGCGCCGAUGCUGGUCAACCUCUUCGACGAGCGUGGCUACACCUCCCUGCAGCAUGCCGCCUCGCGCGGCCACCGGGACAUGGUGGAACUGCUGCUGUACUGCGGCGCCGCCAUCAACUACCCCACCCUGCAGGGCAUGACGCCAUUGCACUUCGCCGCGCAGUAUGGCCAAUUGCCGGUGGUGUGUGCGCUCCUGCGCCGGGCGGCGCACGUGCGCCCAGCCACGCCGCAGCCCCUCGGCCCGGGGAAGCAACUCCACUGGGGCCCGCUGCCCGGGUCACUGGCGCAGGAGGUCCGCGCCGCCUUCGGCCUGCCCGGGCCCGGCCCGGGGGGGGCCCCCUCGCGCGGGCAGGCGGAGCUGUGGGUCGAGGCGCCGGCCGGGACGGCCAUCGCCCCCGGGCCCGAGCCGGCCGGGUGCACGGUCAUUCGGCCGGCCUCGGCCGUGCUGAAUGUGGACGCGCGCGAUGCCAGCGGCGCAUCGGCCCUGCACCUGGCCGCGUCCAAUGGCCAUCCGGCCAUCAUCCGGGCCCUGUAUGCGGCCCUGCUGCAUGGGGUGGCCCUGGCCGAGGGGGACCCGGCCCUGGCGGCGGCCGGCGACCUGGCCGGCCGGCUGUCUCAGCACCCGUCCACCGACCGGGCGGUCAUCCGGGCGGCCAUGCAGGCGGCCAUGUGCUGCGGCGUGCCGGCCGAGCUGCACCCCGGCUAUGACGCCUGCACCCCGAGCCCUGGUGACUGUGCGGCCGUGCCGCGCAACCUCCGCGGCGACACACCCCUGCACAUGGCCGUCCGGUGGUCCUCGCCGCUGACCGUGGCCGAGGUCCUGCGGCCCUUCAAUUGCAUGUCCCGCUGCGCCGUGGAGCUGGGCAUUGCUCAGGCCCCGGGCCCGGCCGGGCUGGCCGGCCCGGGGGCCGCCCCGCAGCUGGGCUUCGGCGGUGUGCUGGCCGCCACCCGCGGCACUCUCGACACCCCGAUGCACAUCGCCCCGGACUUCCCGGUGGCGUUGGUGCUGCUGGUGGGCGGCGCGUCGACCCUCUCCAAAAACCGCAUCGGCUACACGCCGCUCCACUCGGCGGCCCGGGCCGCCCGGCAUGGCGUCGUCGAGCUCCUCGGCAGCCCAGCCCGCAUUGUCACCUUUGUCGAGGGCCUGUCCGUGUCCCUAGGGGACAUCGGGCGCCCGGUGCGCCUGGCCGCCGCCCGAGCCGAUGUCCCCCUGGAGCAGCUGGUCGACCUGAGCCAAGCGCCGAAGCUUCUCCGGCCGCCCACCCGCGCCGAGGACAUCUCCUCCCUGCCGGUGCCCCCCUGCCAGGCGGGCUGCCUGCUGACGCCGCUGACGCUGCAGCUGCUCCACGAGCCGGACUUCUCCGGCAUGACGGCCCUGCACCUGGGGGUCCUCAAGAAGGAGCCGGCCAUGGUGAGCUUCCUGCUGACGGUCGACCGGACGCUGAUCGCCCAGUCCGGGACCGAUGUGCCGCCGCUGCACUCGCGUCGGACCUUCCAGGAGGAGGACACCCCGUUGCACCUGGCCGCGGCCCUGUCCUCUCUCCAGCUUGUGGAGAUCCUGCUCCGCGCCGAGGCCAGCCCGCGGAUCUACAACCGCCAGCGCCUUCUGCCCAUGGACAUGUCCCGGUCGACGGACCUGCAGAAUCGCCUCUCGGUGCCGCGGACCUUCUAGACACCGCACGCGUCGAGCCCCCCUGUUCACCAACACACGCGCACAUCCUUGAGCACAUCCUUGAGCACGUCCCUGAGCACACGCGUGCGCCUACAUACACACAUGCGUAAG